AUGGAUGAGAAUACCACACUGCAGAAGCGGGCCCCAAAGCCAACUCUUCGGGCCAUGGAAGACUCACUUCAGAGGAAAAUCAAUAACAGAAGAGGUAAGCUAAGUCAACUCAAGAUGAAGAAGAAUGAGUUGCUGCAUUUUAUGGAUAAUGACAGUAAUAUUGAUGUGGUGCAGAAGAAGUUCACUCACGAAUUUAACACUGAAUUUGCUAACUUCCAAGAGGAAGUUAGCGGCGUCGGGAGGCCGGAACAACUGGGGUGCGGCGUCGGGAGGCCGGAACAACUGGGGUGCGGCGUCGGGAGGCCGGAACAACUGGGGUGCCGGCCUUCCGACGCCGCUCCCCAGUUCCGGCCUUCCGACGCCGCUCCCCAGUUCCGGCCUUCCGACGCCGCUCCCCAGUUCCGGCCUUCCGACGCCGCUCCCCAGUUCCGGCCUUCCGACGCCGCUCCCCAGCUCCAGCCUUCCGACGCCGCUCCACAUUCCCAGCCUUCCGUCACCCCAAGUACACGCCAGCUCGCAGGACAGCGCUACAGUGACUUCAUAAGCGACCCGGCCUAUUCCACAACCGGCCAAAGAGAGAAUAGUCCAGACGCUCUGCUCACUGUACUUCACCGCCAAAACGACAUCACAGAGUAUUUGGAGUCCGGUCCCUGUGCCCCUCCCGAGUCCCCCCGCAGGAGUCCGGUCCCUGUGCCCCUCCCGAGUCCCCCCGCAGGAGUCCGGCCCCCGCGCCCCUCCCGAGUCCCCCCGCAGGAGUCCGGCCCCCGCGCCCCUCCCGAGUCCCCCCCGCAGGAGUCCGGCCCCCGCGCCCCUCCCGAGUCCCCCCCGCAGGAGUCCGGCCCCCGCGCCCCUCCCGAGUCCCCCCCGCAGGAGUCCGGCCCCCGCGCCCCUCCCGAGUCCCCCCCGCAGGAGUCCGGCCCCCGCGCCCCUCCCGAGUCCCCCCCGCAGGAGUCCGGCCCCCGCGCCCCUCCCGAGUCCCCCCCGCAGGAGUCCGGCCCCCGCGCCCCUCCCGAGUCCCCCCCGCAGGAGUCCAGCCCCCGCGCCCCUCCCGAGUCCCCCCCGCAGGAGUCCGGCCCCCGCGCCCCUCCCGAGUCCCCCCCGCAGGAGUCCGGCCCCCGCGCCCCUCCCGAGUCCCCCCCUGCAGGAGUCCGGCCCCCGCGCCCCUCCCGAGUCCCCCCCGCAGGAGUCCGGCCCCCGCGCCCCUCCCGAGUCCCCCCCGCAGGAGUCCGGCCCCCGCGCCCCUCCCGAGUCCCCCCGCCGAGCCCCCGCAGGAGUCCGGCCCCCGCGCCCCUCCCGAGUCCCCCCCGCAGGAGUCCGGCCCCCGCGCCCCUCCCGAGUCCCCCCCGCAGGAGUCCGGCCCCCGCGCCCCUCCCGAGUCCCCCCCGCAGGAGUCCGGCCCCGCGCCCCUCCCGAGUCCCCCCGCAGGAGUCCGGCCCCCGCGCCCCCCGAGUCCCCCCCGCAGGAGUCCGGCCCCCGCGCCCCUCCCGAGUCCCCCCCGCAGGAGUGGCCGUAAAGAACAACAUUGACGUCUUCUACUUCAGCUGCCAGUAUCCCAUGAGCGUGCUGUUCAGCGAGGACGGCAAGAUGGGUGAGUGCGCGCCUCCUUCACCUCCGCCAACAAUAGGGGUUCGUAAAGAAGUCGCGGCGGCCGUGCAGAGUUGA